ACACCGAACUCAACCGCUUGUGGAUCAAGGACAAUACCGCACCGCCCUUUCCCUUGCCACUGCCGCCGCCUGCGUGACAACCAGUAACACCGCCACCUGCUCAACCCCUCCACCACCACCAUGAAAAUGCCCCGCUCCUUCAGCCCCGCCCUCGUCCUCCUGGCCGCCCUCAUCGCCGUCGCCGCCUCCCAGGGCUUCUACUCCCAGCGGUACGGCAAGCGGGGUAGCGACACCAGGCAGGUUACAGAGAGAUCUGGCUUCUACGCUAACCGAUACGGCAGGUCCCAGGGAAUUCCCGAGAUUAAGGUGAGGUCAUCCCGUUUCGUGGGAGGCUCCCGGUAUGGCAAGAGGUCCGGCGUUCCUGCCCUUGCUGAAGUGCCCCUCCCAGUUGUUGCCCCCGAGAGCGAGGAAGGCGAAGUUGGAGCGUCGCUUCUCCUCGGUGACUCCGUGGUCUGCCUUUUGGUCGAUGUGCCUGAUAUCUACCGCUGCCUCAAGUAAAAAAUCCGCAUCCGAGGAAUCCACGAACUAAAAACUUUUGGGAUGUCAUACGACGGAGGAACAACAAGAGAAGCACUGAGACGCAAUGAAUGAAGCCGAAAUAAUGAAGCAGAACUAUCUUAUUCCUAUUCACCCACACACACCCACCCACACACACACACACACACACACACACACACACAGGGAUCAAGAGCUCGAGUUCAAUGUAUAGCGAAGCAAACGUCCUUUCAGCCGCGUAAAUCAACAGUGCUUCUCAAAAUACUACAUAUAAGAGAGACCAAGGGGAAGGAAAAGAAGAGGGAAUCACAGGAGAUCGAGAAAUGAGAUAGGUAAUCUGUAAAUAUCAAUAUCAUUAUGUACUUGAAAAAGAAAGACACUUCCUCCGAAAUAAAACAUUCCUUGAUCCCCCA